UAUUAUUUAUUAUUAUUAUACUUAUGAUGGUGGUGAUGAUGAUGAUGAUAAUGGCACUGCUGAUUUUUAACCGGAUUAAAUCGAGUUUUUCUGAAUGUUCCUGAGCAUUUCUCCUGCCUCCUGAUUGACUUGGGAGUUUUGCAAUAUUGGAGAGAGAGCUGAGGCAUUAGCAUUUUUAAGUGGAUUGAUCCCAUAAACCUUUUCUCUCCCAACCCCACCCUCACCCCCAUCCCUUUCCCCACACUCAAAGAAUUUGACUGGCUGCUUAAGUCUGUGACCUAAUUUUUCCUGAUCUAUAACUUAACUGUUUUAGAGCAUCUCUGGACGUCUGUAUUUUUAAUUUUUUUUAUUUUUAUUUUUUAUUUUUAAUCUUUCAUUUGUUACAUUUUUAAACUGUGCUGCAAUAAAAUGUGUGUGGUACUUCUGAUCACCUAUGGUGGUGAUGGCAUUUUCCCCGAAAGCCAUCUUCUUCCUAUGCCCCUUGAAAUCCCCUCCUGCUCUUCAUGUACACUACCCCUCACAAACUACAAGCUGCAACACCAUGGAUUCCCAGUCUGGAGCAGCAGCAACCAGGAUCACCUGGAGCCAAAGAAAGGGGUUCUUCGGAACAGAUGCAAACCCAUCCUGGGUGAUGCUUGUGGCUGUUUGACUUUUGCCAUCAAACACCAUGGCCAGCAAUGUCACCAACAAGACUGACCCCCGUUCCAUGAACUCCCGUGUCUUCAUUGGGAAUCUCAAUACUCUGGUUGUUAAGAAGACGGAUGUUGAGGCCAUCUUCUCAAAGUAUGGCAAGAUUGUAGGCUGCUCUGUUCAUAAGGGUUUUGCCUUUGUUCAAUAUGUUAAUGAACGAAAUGCCCGUGCUGCUGUGGCAGGAGAGGAUGGCAGAAUGAUUGCUGGCCAGGUGCUAGAUAUUAAUCUGGCUGCAGAGCCAAAAGUGAACCGAGGAAAAGCAGGUGUGAAGCGGUCUGCAGCGGAGAUGUACGGGUCAGUACCAGAACACCCUUCUCCGUCCCCUCUACUCAGCUCUUCCUUUGACCUGGAUUAUGAUUUUCAACGAGAUUAUUAUGACAGGAUGUACAGCUAUCCAGCACGUGUACCACCACCUCCUCCUAUAGCUCGUGCAGUGGUACCCUCAAAACGCCAACGUGUGUCAGGAAACACUUCCCGCAGAGGCAAAAGUGGCUUUAAUUCCAAGAGUGGGCAGCGGGGCUCUUCAUCUAAAUCUGGCAAAUUGAAAGGUGAUGAUCUUCAGACAAUUAAGAAGGAGUUGACCCAGAUAAAACAGAAAGUGGAUUCUUUAUUGGAGAGCCUGGAAAAAAUUGAGAAAGAACAAAGCAAACAAACAGUAGAGAUGAAGAAUGAUAAGUCAGAAGAGGAGCAGAGCAGCAGCUCCCUGAAGAAAGAUGAGACUAAUGUGAAGAUGGAGUCUGAGGGGGGUGCAGAUGACUCUGCUGAGGAGGGGGACCUACUGGAUGAUGAUGAUAAUGAAGAUCGGGGGGAUGACCAGCUGGAGUUGAUCAAGGAUGAUGAAAAAGAAGCUGAAGAAGGAGAGGAUGACAGAGACAGCGCCAAUGGCGAGGACGACUCUUAAGCACAUGUUGGGGUUUUAGAACUCUCGUCCCAUUAUUUCUUUAUCUAGGCGCUUGUCUUUGAUCAAACUUUUCACCAGAUCCUCUCCCUUAGAAUCUUCCAGCACAUGUUCACUGUUGUACCCAACUUUAUCCUUCCCAUGUUCAUUAAUUCUGCCCUGCGCCUAGUUCCUUUCCUACUUCCUUCAAUUCUCCUAGUAGUUAUAUUAAGUCUCCUGUAAUUUUGCUCUUUUAAUUUUGAUACCUCUUUAUGACUUAACAAUAAAAAGGAUGUAUGGUUUUUAUCAGCUGUCUCCAAAGGAAUCUCUUGUUAUGCAGGGAGUAAGCACAGUUCUCUAUUCAAUUCAAACCUGAGACUGAUUGCUACUUCCAAAAGUGGAAAGGCAAUCAAUCUCAUUUAAAUCAGUUCCUGAGAACUUUGAGUGUCUUCUCCUACCUAGGAUUACAAUGUGGGGGGCUACAAAAAUGUAACAGUUUUUAUUUUAUUUUAUUUUAUUUUUUUUUUGUGAAUGACAGUUGUCAGUAGAAAUGCAUAAAGAGGUACAUUCAGAAGAGGAAUUAGUGUGUGCUUAUAUAUUUUUUUUAAACAAACUUUGUUUUCUAAAGUUGAUAUUGUGGGUUAUUCAUGUGAAACAGCCUGAUGUUUGAAACUUUUUUUCCUCAAAAUAAAAAAAUAUUAAACCAGGAAUUUGAAGAAGAAAAACAUGACCCCAACCCCUGGAUUUUCUUAUUACAAAAUUUUUCAAUGUUUUAUAAUUGUUUAUUGAACUUAUUGUAAUUUUGUUAGGAGUUAUUACUUAAAGAUUUAGCACUUAUGUCAUACCCUCCCGUGCACAUGCCAGUUAUUUGUUGCUUUAUUUAUUUUUCCCCCAGAAGGCUGCGAAUGAGUAGAUAACUUCUUCCCAGAGUUGGGGGUUCUUUGUUGAGGGAAUUUAGGGAGUUUAUAUACCAUCUCAUUAGAAUUUUUUGUUAUGUGGAUCCUUUUGCAAAUGUGUACUAUUUAUUGCAUAUUUGAGAAUUAAUUUUUACAAUAAAUUUAAUACUAGUCAGUAAAUAACCAAAAGAUACAAGGUUGAGAUAGGACAGUGAAAUUUGCAUAAGAUUAUCAUCAUAUACUAAAGGAGAAAGGGGGGAUAUCAUUAAGCUUACUAAGGAUUAUGAGUCUGCUCUUGAUUUUCUUUAGGAAGAGAGUAAUUUCUCCAUACAGCAAAAGAGAUAAAGAGGACUGAAGUAAAGUUAGGGGACAAAAUGGUGUGUCACUUGAUGGGUAGGGCGAAUGAAGUCCUUGAUUUAAAUAUUCUCCUUUGUAGGUGAUCCUGUUAAAUCAAGGAAUAUUGAUCUUCAUGUACAUUUGUCUUUUUCAUACUUGCAAUUUACUAAUAAUAAUGGUGACAGAAUCAUUUUGUGAAGGAAAACUCAAAAUAGAUUGGCUUAAUAUUAUACAUAAAAUGCUCAGUGAUUUCAGCUGGCACAUUGCUUAGUAAAUGGUUGAUUUAGUAAUUUUUUGUGUCCUGACUCUCAAUUUGGACUUUUUGUCAUUAAGAUUUUGGGUAAAUCAAUCUAUGCUUUCCUAUUUGCUCAUUGGUAUUAUGAAGAGAUUCAAUUAAAAGUCAAUCUUAAA